AUGACCUCCGCAGACCCGGCCAGCAACCCGCGCGUCGGCGUCGGCGCCGUCAUCUGCAACCCCGCCACCGGCAAGCUACUCGUCGGACGGCGCCUUAGUAGCCACGGCCACGGCACCUGGCAGUUCCCUGGUGGUCACCUCGAGUACGCCGAGUCCGUCUUCACCUGCGCUGAGCGCGAAACCCUUGAGGAGACGGGCCUCGUCGUCAAAGCCACCCGGCUCGCCGCCGUCACAAACUCCGUCUUCACCGACGUUGGCAAGCACUACAUCACCCUAUUCGUCCUCUGCGAGCCUGUCGACCCCUCCGCCGAACCGCAGGCCAUGGAACCCGACAAAGCUGGCGACUGGCAGUGGAUGGAGUGGUCCACCAUCUGCGACUGGGUCCGCCACCACGACGAUGAUGGCGACGAUUGGCCCGCCAAGCGUCUGUUUUUGCCCAUCCGCGAACUGGUGAACCGGAAGGAGAACGAGACGGCCUUUACGGGGUUCUAG